CGAGCUCAAAAUCUUGUUGCUGCGUGCGCUUUUCAGGCCCUUCAAGUUGGCGGAGUCUAGCCUGUGUAGGACAGACUCUUGGAGACUCGGAGGCCUGGAGGAGUUUUUGGCGCCUUUUGGUUGGUUCAAAAACCUUUCUUGUAGAUAGACAUUCGCUGGCGUGAAGCGAAGCGGCCCAGCAACAUCUGUGCGACUUAGGUUUAUUUGAAGCGGCCAAGCGGGAAUCUUGUAGGAGGUUUGCGACUUUAGUCAGCAGGUUACAAUGACGUCGUCUUUGGUCAGGGCUGGGCUGCAGUCUGGGCAGCUAUCCCUUAGCAGCUCGCUUGGCCUCCAGCAGCAGACAUGCCAGGGUGCGCCUCAGGCCGCGCUCGUGCGCAUGUCUGCCACUCGGCGACCGAGGAGGAGCGCUCCUGCCAGGUCUCUGGAGUCCUUUUCAGGGAUGCGGAAGGCGAGCGUUGUUGAUGUCGCAGGGGCUAGGGGUGUACAGUCAGCAGACUUGAGAGCAGCGGUGGCUGCCUCCAUGGAGGCUGUGCCUGUGGGGAGGCAGGCUGGCAGGCGGGGCGAGACAGUGGCCAUGUUCGAGCGGUUCACAGAAAAGGCCAUCAAGGUUAUCAUGCUAGCGCAGGAGGAGGCACGGAGGCUAGGGCAUAACUUUGUUGGAACAGAGCAGAUCCUGCUGGGGUUGAUUGGCGAGGGCACGGGGAUUGCUGCGAAGGUGCUCAAGUCCCUGGGGGUCAACCUUAAGGAAGCCAGGGUGGAAGUGGAGAAGAUCAUCGGGCGGGGGAGUGGUUUCGUGGCCGUGGAAAUUCCUUUCACUCCAAGGGCAAAGCGGGUGCUGGAGCUGUCCCUGGAAGAAGCACGCCAACUGGGCCACAAUUACAUUGGGACCGAGCACUUGCUUCUUGGGCUGCUUAGAGAAGGGGAGGGCGUCGCUGCCAGAGUGCUGGAGAACUUGGGAGCUGACCCUGGCAACAUCAGGACACAGGUCAUCCGGAUGGUUGGUGAGAGCGCUGAGCCCGCGGUUGGCGUGGGCGCCGGCGGCGUGUCUGGGAAUACCAAGAUGCCGACGCUGGAGGAAUAUGGCACAAACCUGACAAAGCUUGCUGAAGAUGGCAAGCUUGACCCUGUGGUAGGCAGGCAGCCCCAGAUUGAGCGUGUCACCCAGAUCCUCGGCAGGCGUACGAAGAACAACCCUUGCCUGAUUGGCGAGCCCGGUGUCGGAAAGACCGCCAUUGCUGAGGGGCUGGCUCAGAGGAUUGCCUCAGGAGACGUUCCCGAGACAAUUGAGGGCAAGAAGGUCAUCACUUUGGACAUGGGUCUGCUGGUGGCUGGUACAAAGUACCGAGGAGAGUUUGAGGAGCGGCUGAAGAAGCUGAUGGAGGAGAUCAAGGCCGCGGAUGACAUCAUCCUCGUGAUUGAUGAGGUGCACACGCUCAUUGGUGCGGGUGCUGCAGAGGGCGCCAUCGAUGCGGCCAACAUUCUGAAGCCCGCUCUGGCGCGUGGAGAGCUGCAGUGCAUUGGUGCCACCACGCUGGACGAGUACCGGAAGCACAUUGAGAAGGACCCUGCCCUGGAGCGGCGGUUCCAGCCUGUGACAGUUCCCGAGCCGUCUGUGGAGGAGACAGUGGAGAUCCUGAAGGGCCUGCGCGAGCGGUACGAGAUUCAUCACAAGCUGCGCUACACCGACGAGGCGCUUGCCGCCGCCGCGCAGCUCUCCUACCAGUACAUCAGCGACCGUUUCCUGCCCGACAAGGCCAUCGACCUCAUCGACGAGGCUGGGUCCCGCGUGCGCCUGCAGCAUGCACAGCUUCCCGAGGAAGCGCGCGAGCUCGAUAAGCAGCUCCGUGCGCUGACCAAGGAAAAGAACGACUCUGUGCGUGACCAGGACUUUGAGAAGGCGGGCGAGCUGCGGGACAAGGAGAUGGAGCUAAAGACGCAGAUUGCAAACAUCAUUGAGAAGAGCAAGGAGGGGCAGAAGGCGGAGCUGGAGGCUGGGGAUACCGGCCCGAUGGUGACGGAGGCGGACAUUCAGAAGAUCGUGGCGGCGUGGACGGGCAUCCCUGUGGAGAAGGUGUCGGCGGACGAGGGCGACAGGCUGAUGAAGAUGGAGGGAACGCUUCACCAGAGGGUCAUUGGUCAGGACGAGGCCGUGAAGGCUAUUUCUCGUGCCAUCCGGCGUGCGCGUGUGGGUCUCAAGAACCCCAACCGGCCCAUUGCCAGCUUUAUCUUCUCUGGGCCUACUGGUGUCGGAAAGUCCGAGCUGGCCAAGUCCUUGGCCUCUUACUACUUCGGGUCAGAGGAGGCGAUGGUGCGUCUCGACAUGUCCGAGUUCAUGGAGCGGCACACGGUGUCCAAGCUGAUUGGGUCCCCCCCCGGUUACGUUGGCUACAGCGAGGGCGGCCAGCUCACGGAGGCGGUCCGGCGGCGACCAUACACCGUCGUGCUGUUCGAUGAGAUUGAGAAGGCGCAUCCCGAUGUGUUCAACAUGAUGCUUCAGAUUCUCGAAGACGGGCGGUUGACGGACUCGAAGGGGCGGACUGUGGACUUCAAGAACACGCUGCUGAUCAUGACCUCCAACGUGGGCAGCAGCGUCAUUGAGAAGGGCGGCGGUGGCCUCGGCUUCCAGCUGGACAGCGACCCCGUCGACAGCAGCUACAACAGGAUUAAGAACCUGGUGAACGAGGAGCUGAAGCAGUACUUCCGGCCCGAGUUCCUGAAUCGGCUGGACGAGAUCAUCGUGUUCAGGCAGCUCACCAAGCUGGAGGUCAAGGAGAUUGCCACCAUUAUGCUCAAGGAGGUCUUCGGCCGCCUUGAAAAGAAGGGCAUUGACCUCCAGGUCACGGAGAGGUUCCAGGACCGCGUUGUAGAUGAGGGGUACAGCCCCAGCUACGGAGCCCGGCCGCUGAGGCGUGCAAUCAUGCGACUGCUGGAAGACAGCAUGGCGGAGAGGAUGCUUUCCGGCGAGAUUAAGGAGGGCGACUCCGCCAUCAUCGAUGUUGACGCCAGCGGAAACAUCACGGUGCUCAACGGCAGCACUGGCACCGCCUCCACCAUCGAAGUAGAUUCACAGCCUGCUGGCAUCGCAUAAGGUCGAAGAGCCCACUAGCGAUAAUACUUUUGCACGGGCAGGCUAGGUUAGCGCACUGGAAAAGAGCGGGUGUCUGGGCGGUUGGUCUGUAAUAAGGGCAUGUUAGCUUGGUCUGCCCGUGCUCAUUGCGAGGGGGACGAUUGAUAUCCAUUCUUGACAACUUUCAAAACAGCAAAUCUGACUGGAUGGCAUAGGAGUCUUGAAGGACGUCCAAGGUAGUUGUGCAAUAUGUAGUUUAUGGAGCGUGACCAUUGAAACCACGUCUUCUUGUUGGACCGAUUUGCGCCUUAUGCCAAGGGUACUUUAUAACAUGUCAGUGCUUGGGCUGGAAUUCGUGGGCGGUUUUCAUGCAAAAUGGAAUCGUUCUUGUCGUUGAUAACAUACCUUACAGGUGUGCCCUGC